AGGGAUGAGUGAACGGGGCGCGAGGCGCGGUGGCGGCGCUCCCUUCUACGCGCCGUUGCGCAGGAAGACAUCCGCAGAGAUCAUCAGCGAAGCAAGAGCCGCUAUCUACGGAGAAAUGAGUGGCGCCUCCAGCGGCGUCGGUAGCGGGUUGAGGCCGCUGCGCACGCGCCGCCCUUUCACCCCGCGCGAGCCACAGCGGACUUUGUUCACUGAGCGAGCUCGUAAAAAGGAUCCUAGACCACCGAGUGCUUUUGAUUUGAAACACUUGAGUUUAUCCGAGAGCGGUGAGGACGCGUACUUGGCCGACGUGUUGGGGGCAGUGGUCGACCCGCUGGAUGAACACACACUCAACGGGAUCCUCAACGCUGAUGCAAAGAAUGCGAAGAAAAAACCACCGCUGCGUAAUCAGCCGCGGUCGGUGCAGGAGCGCUCCGGCGACGGAUGGAGCAACUUCCCCAAGCUCCCGCAUCUCAGUGGUCACAGCAAGCCUCUUCACAAACGCAACACUACUGGACAAGCGGCUGAAGAUUCAAAGGAAGAUGGAUUAUCUCAAGCAAUAUCUGUGAUCCGUCCACUCGGAAGUACUGACGAUGAAAAUACAUCUACUGGAGAGAUAUCGACGAGUAAAUCUUUGAGUCCCGAUUCAAAAUCAAAGCGUAAACAUUACUCCAGUGGAAGAAGUCUUUCGUAUGACGUGAGUCCGACCUCUCUGGGGAACAUUGGCGUCAAACAUUUGGCUGUUCAGCUGCCCAACACUACACCCGGCCAAUAUGAAAAUAUGACAGUACUAGAGCUUUCCGAGGCUCUAUCACAACGCACUAUCGACGUGAAUCGCACAGUAUCUCUACUAGAGAUACUGCAGAGUAUACUAGAGAAGAACACGCCCGGGAACAGUCUACGGGAGUUGGUGCUGCGCGCGUUGUACACUCAUGUGGACAGCGAGGACGAACGCGUGCUGGUGGCUAUAGCACGGGCUAUGCUGACGAUGAGAGUAACUGGACCGCACUUGGCCGCCGCUUGCAAGCUUGUGUUCAAAAUCGCCAGAAACGACAAGAAUGACCAUUUCUUCCACAACACUAAUUUACUUGAGUUACUGGUGGAGGGAUGCGGGCGAGCAGACCCGGUGUCGGAGGGCGAGUGCUGCGUGUACGGCGCGGGCGCGCUGCGCUUCCUCGCCCUCGACCCCGCGCUGUGUGCGCUCGCGCACCGCGCCGGCGCCGUGCAUCUCGCCGCGCUGCAUCUUAAGAUACUCAACACUGCGAAGGCAGAAAAUCCGCGGGCGGUAUCAGAACAGUCGACGCACGCGCUGUACCAGCUGACGGGCGCGUUGCGGAACCUGGCGAGCGCCGGGGCGAGCGACUCGCGCGAGUUCGUCGCGAGCGGCGCGCUCGGCGAGCUGCUCGCCGCGCUGCAGCACCACACCGACAGGGACGUGCUCACUAACGUGGCGCGGUGUCUCAGCGUGCUGUCAGCCGAAGCGGAGUGCUGCGCGUGGCUGUGCGCGAGCCGCGCGGCGGUGCUGCUCCGCGCGCUGGCCGCGUGCGCGCCGCGCGCGCCGCUCGCCGUGCGGCUCGCCUACACGCUCGGCAACAUGGCCGCGGAACACCACCACGCGAGACUCAAUAUUUACAACGAGCCCGGCGGCAUCGACGUCCUGCUGACGAUACUAGAGUCGUACACGAAACGCAACGACAACGACGCUAGGGAUGCGGAUUCAGAUCCCGACCUGCAUUCAGUUGGUUCCGACUUGGGUGAUUCAGACGGGUCUAACGAAGAUGUCCUGAUUAAG